AUGUUGUCCAAAUCAGCCAGAGCUGCUUCCAAGAAGCGACGGGGAGAGAGGAACCUCAGGUCCAACAUCUCAGAUCUCUUCCUCAGUGGCUCGAUAUCAGCUGCCAGGGCUAGGGGCAUCUUCCAGGAUGCUGCAGAUGCCCAGGCCAGGCAUGUUAACGACCUGGUUGUCUCGGAGGACAAAAACAUCCAUCGCAACCUUCUCAGGAAGCUGGUACGAGUUUAUCUCCCUCAUGAGAUCCACUGGUGCUUGCUGAGAUGGAACGGAAGCCCCGAGGCCCGACAGCGAUUGCUGGAUUGGCAGAGUUUGAGGCGGGAUGUUCGUGAGAGGGUUGCCUCCUCAGUGGAGGCCUUAACUCUCGAUCCAGAGGCUUUGGUGGCCUGGGGGCUUUGGUGUGACGGUGUUCCUGUCAGAUAUGACCGGAGUGAGCGUUUGGAGUGCUUCAGCCUCAACCCUUUGAUCAACGAGACAUUUGUGCAAACCUUCAGACUGCCCCUGACAUGCAUCUACAAGAGUUUUUGCUGCAAGGAUGGCAGGACUGUGGACGAUUUGAUGGCUAUUUUUGCUCACAGUUUUCAUUGCAUGCGAGAAGGAAUCUUUCCAGAGGUGGAUUUCCAGGGGCAACCUUUUAAGUCAUCGUGGCGCCGGAAGAUGGCUGGGAGGCCUUUGCUGGCACAGGGGAUCCUUGCAGAGGUCCGUGGGGACUGGGCGAUGUACAAGCAGGUGUUUAAGCUCCCAAGCUGGAAUGCUGCAGGAAGAUGUUGUUUCAAAUGCAAAUGUUCGCUGCAGGAAAUCCGGUCAUGCUCGUCUUCAGCACCCUGGAGAGAUCACCCUUGGUCCUUUUUGGAACUCCAAGAGCACAUGCUGGACAAGUCUGGUGCAGUGAGUCCCAUCAUGGCUGCCCCAGGCAUAAGUUUGGCCACCUUCGAGGUGGACUGGCUCCACUCGUGCGACUUGGGGGUCGCAGCCGAUUUUCUGGGCAAUUGCUGUUUUCUCGUUUCGAAACACAUGCCAGGCUCCUCGGAGGAGCAGCGAGUGGCCAGCCUCUGGCGAGAUAUCAAGCAGUGGUACACCGAGAACCAGACGCCCAACCAGUUUAACACCAUAACCAAGCUCAUGAUCCGAAAGGAAGCCAGGAAGAGCCCCAAACUUAGAGGCAGAGAUCAGAUACCUGAUUCCCUGGUCUGUGCACAUCACUGA